GUCGUCUCUAAGAAACACCACAUCCACAUGCAUUCAACGCCAUGCUUAAUAAUAGUCAAUACAGGUCAGCGAACAGGAUCAAACGCCUAAAAAGCUCCUCUCACGAACAAUAGCUCUUCCCCUUGCAAUCUUCCAUAGCAUAGACGGGGGGAGGUACUAGAUAGAAUUAGCAGGGGAGAGCUGCCGGCCAAGAAGUUGAUCCACCAGUCAGGGCGAAAGGGAAGGAGGCAGCAAAUUAACGGAGCUUGGCUGGCUGAUUGACCGGCCGGCGGGGCGUAGGGAUGGGCAAGUACAGCGACGGCGAGGCCGCCGGCGGCGGGAGCUACCCGCUGGUGGCGGUGUGCAUCGACAAGGACAAGAACAGCCAGAACGCCCUCAAGUACGCCACCGAGACGCUCGUCCACCGCGGCCAGACCAUCAUCCUCGUCCACGUCAACACCAGGGGCACCUCAGGAGGCGUGGAGGACGCCGCCGGAUACAAGCAGCCGACGGACCCGCAGAUGAAGGACCUCUUCCUCCCGUUCCGCUGCUUCUGCACCCGCAAAGACAUCCAGUGCAAGGACGUGGUGCUGGACGACCACGACGUGUCCAAGUCGAUCGUGGAGUUCGUGGCGCACGCGGCCAUCGAGAGGAUCGUCGUCGGGGCCUGCACCAGGAACAGCUUCGUCAGGUUCAAGGCGGACAUCCCCACCAGCAUCUCCAAGACGGCGCCGGACUUCAGCAGCGUGUACGUGGUCACCAAGGGCGGCAAGGUCACCUCGGUCCGCCAGGCCACCCGCCCGGCGCCCUCCGUCUCGCCGCUCCGGUCCAUGAUCCAGGGCGCCAAGCCGCACGACCAGCAAGCUCCCGCGCAGCAGAAAUGGACGCCUCCUCCUCCCCCCGCAGCACGAGCAAUGCCCAGCGACUCGGCGGAUGGGUUCCCGACGAUGCCGAUGCAGGACAACUUCAUCAUGUCGCCGUUCUCGAGGGGCCCGACGACGUCGGCGAGGAAGGCGUUCCCGGACUUCUCGCUGCCGGAGUCGUCGGACAUAUCGUUCAUCGGCGGCCCGCGCCGGAGCGUGGACCGGUACCCGCCGCGGCUGUCCACCGGGUCGGACAGCCAGUACGACAGCUUCGACGGCGUGCGCCCGGGCGGCAGCCUCUGGGGCGACUCCUUCGGCAACGAGAGCACCUCCAACUCCCAGACCAGCACCGCCUCCGGAGUGGAGGACAUGGAGGCGGAGAUGAGGCGGCUGAAGCUGGAGCUAAAGCAGACCAUGGACAUGUACAGCACGGCGUGCAAGGAGGCGCUUACCGCGAAGCAGAAGGCGAUGGAGCUGCAGCGGUGGAAGGCCGAGGAGGAGCAGCGGUCGCAGGACGGGCGGCUGACGGAGGAGUCCGCCCUGGCGCUGAUCGAGCAGGAGAAGGCCAAGGCCCGCGCUGCCAUCGAGGCGGCGGAGGCCUCGCAGCGUCUGGCAGAGCUGGAGGCCCAGAAACGGAUCCAAGCCGAGAGGAAAGCGCUCAAGGAAGCCGAGGAGCGGCUCCGUUCCGCGGGCUCCGGUGGCUCGUCGUCAUCCGCCAGGUACCGCCGGUACACCAUCGAGGAGAUCGAGAUCGGCACCGACCACUUCUCCGACUCCCGCAAAGUCGGCGAAGGCGGGUACGGGCCGGUGUACAAGGGCCAGCUCGACCACACUCCCGUGGCCAUCAAGGUGCUCCGGCCCGACGCCGCCCAGGGCAAGGCGCAGUUCCAGCAAGAAGUGGAGGUCCUCAGCUGCAUCCGCCACCCAAACAUGGUGCUCCUCCUGGGCGCCUGCCCGGAGUACGGCUGCCUCGUGUACGAGUACAUGGCCAUGGGCAGCCUCGACGACUGCCUCUUCCACCGCAACGGGCCAGCGCUCCCCUGGCAGCACCGGUUCCGCAUCGCCGCCGAGAUCGCCACGGGCCUCCUCUUCCUGCACCAGGCAAAACCCGAGCCGCUGGUGCACCGAGACCUUAAACCCGGGAACAUCCUCCUGGACCGGAACUACGUGAGCAAGAUCAGCGACGUCGGGCUGGCGCGGCUCGUGCCGCAGUCCGUGGCCGACACCGUGACGCAGUGCCACAUGACGAGCGCGGCCGGGACCUUCUGCUACAUCGACCCGGAGUACCAGCAGACCGGGAUGCUCGGGGUGAAGUCGGACGUGUACUCGCUCGGGGUCAUGCUGCUGCAGAUCGUCACGGCGAGGCCGCCCAUGGGGCUCACCCACCAUGUCGCGCGCGCGCUCGAUCAUGGCACCAUUGCCGACCUGCUCGACCCGGCCGUGCACGACUGGCCCGUCGACGAGGCGCGGCGGUUCGCGGAGAUCUCGCUCAGGUGCUGCGAGCUCCGGCGCAAGGACCGGCCCGACCUCGCCACGGGCGUGCUCCCGGAGCUCAACCGCCUGCGCGCGCUGGGCGAGGACAACAUGCAGUUCUGCAACCCCAUGGUCGGCGCCGGCCGCGGCAUGCACAGCUCCGCCUACCUCAGCAACGCCUCCAUUCCACAGUCACGACCCGAUAGGAUGAGCGAUCCGCUCGCGAGGUCGCAGUACGGCGCCGCCAACGCGAGCCAGGCUGCCAUGCCCGGGCGAAGGCCCAACUACAACUGAGAGUCUCUGACAGCAGUAGUAGGCCUUACGAACAGAGCAGUCGUUCCAAGAUCGACUCUUGAACAUGCUGCUUAAUACUGCGUACUGAUACCUGGUCAUGAUUAAUUAACAUAAUCUUUCUCGUGGUUUCGUCCGGUAGCUAGCUCGAUCCUGCGGCAAUUUGACGCAUGCACUUGUGGUUGUAAACUUGUAUACUCUUUCUUGAGACCGGCCGUGUGUAAAGACCUAGUACGUAGGCAUCAUGUCUUGAUUCAGAUGCGUUGUGAAACGACCCUGGCACUCCUGCUGACUGCUUCUUCCA